CUGACCUUUUGCUUACGCUACACGUGGACUCCGUGGCGUGUUGUGGCUCGGUUUGUGGGCUUUGUCCUGACCGUAUGCGUGCGUGCCGAGCGGCGUUGCUCUUCAUCUCCAGACCAACUUCUCUCUGUGUCAGAAUGGACUCCAGUAAUGCCCAGAGUUCGGAACUAAAACUCUACAAUUCCCUGACACGCCAGAAAGAAUCGUUCGUUCCUCUCGCACCGCCCACUGUGACCUGGUAUAGCUGUGGUCCCACGGUCUACGAUGCUGCUCAUAUGGGCCAUGCCAGGUCAUACAUCACAUUUGACAUCCUACGUCGCGUUCUCUCGGACUAUUUUGGUUACCAUGUCAACUAUGUCAUGAACAUCACUGAUAUUGAUGACAAGAUAAUCCGAAGAGCUCGAAGAAAUCACCUUCUGGAGAACUACACUAGUGACGAGCCCUCCCUCUCUUCCCUUGUUACUGACGUUAAUGCAGCCUUGAAGCCGUUCACAGAGAAGGCGAGGAGAGAGAGCGACCCUGACAAGCAGAAGAUGUUGCAGGGAGUUGUGGAGAAGGUGAGGACUACUCUACAGGAGAUUGCCACUGAAGAGCAGAGCAAGAAUUCUGUGGCUAGUUUGCUGAGUGCUGCAGCUGACCCUCUCUCUGACUGGUUGGACUCAAGACUUGGACCACACAUCACCGACAAGAGCAUUUUUGCAUCUCUGACUCAGCGUUUCGAGCAAGAAUUCCAUUGCGACAUGGAGGCUCUGAAUGUACUGCCGGCAGAUGUGUUGACCAGAGUCAGUGAGUAUGUGCCAGAAGUAGUGGAUUACAUCCAGGAGAUCGUGGCUAAAGGCUUUGCGUACGAGUCCAAUGGCUCGGUUUAUUUCGACGUCGUAAAAUUCUCAUCUGCUCCUGACCACACGUAUGCCAAGCUGGUCCCAGAGGCAGUAGGAAACCUGACAGCUCUGGCUGAGGGGGAAGGGGAGCUGAGUGCUGGAGGUCAGGCAGAGAAGAGGGCUCCCAAUGACUUUGCCUUAUGGAAGGCGAGCAAGGCGGGGGAGCCAGAGUGGCCCAGUCCCUGGGGUCAGGGGAGACCUGGCUGGCACAUAGAGUGCUCGGUCAUGGCCUGCGAUAUUCUUGGAGAAAAAGCCGACAUACAUACUGGAGGGGUAGACUUAAAGUUCCCUCACCAUGACAACGAAAUUGCCCAAGCAGAGGCUCGGUAUGGCUCUGACCAGUGGAUGAGUUUCUUUCUUCACUCUGGUCACCUCACUAUUGCCGGCUGCAAAAUGAGCAAGUCUCUCAAGAAUUUCAUCACCAUCAAACAGGCUCUGGAAAAGCAUUCAGCAAGGCAGCUGCGACUGGCCUUUCUGCUCCACUCUUGGUCCGCCACUCUGGACUACAGCCAGGCUACCAUGAGAGAGGCACAGUACUACGAGAAGAUGUUCAAUGAGUUCUUUUUGACAGUGAAGGACCUGCUUCGUAAGCAGCCAAAGGGUGUGGACAGCUACCUCAAAUUCUCCGACAGAGAAAAGCAGCUGCUGUGCCGACUGACCGAAGCCAGAGCUGCGGUCCAUGCUGCUCUCUGUGACUCUGUGGACACUCCCCAAGCUAUGCGAGUCAUGAAGGAACUUGUCAACACCAGCAACAUUUAUCUCUCGGAGCAGUCUGGUCAAGCCAAUGCCAGACUCCUUCAUAGCAUUGCCUCCUACCUCACCGCCAUGUUGAGGGUGUUUGGAGUCAUUUCUGACUCCUCCCCUGUUGGGUUCCCCUUGGCAACAACCCAGUCCUCUGAGAAUAUGGAAGAAGUUGUUAUGCCAUACCUCUCGCUACUGGCUGACUUCCGGGAAGAUGUGCGGAAGAAAGCCCUUGAGGUCAAAGGUCAGUGCCUAGUAUUGUUAUGGUGACGAUGUUGUUGUGAUGGAAGUGUUCAGAUGGAGAUCUGUUGAGAGUGUGUGACGAUCUGAGGGACCGAAAGUUAGGGAAUCUGGGGGUUCGCAUGGAGGACAAGGAAGAGGGAACCGUGGUGAAGGUAGUCGGCAGAGACACCAUCCAGAAAGAGAGGGAACUGGAGAGACAGGCCCAGCAGGAGAAGGCAAAGGCUAAGGCAGAGCAGAAGAGACGACUGGAGGAGGCCAAGGUAAGUGGUGUGUGUGUGUACCAGAAACUGAGGGACCUUGAUAUGAUAGAGACAAAGAGAAGAGCAGGCUGCCAUUCCUCCUGACCAGAUGUUCCGAUCUCAGACUGACAAGUACAGCAAGUUUGAUGACAAAGGCAUCCCAACACACGACCAGACUGGAAAGCCACUCAGUGAUAAACAGAUCAAGAAACUCCUCAAGUUGUGGCAGGCUCAGGAGAAGAAACAUGCAGAACACCUAAACAAAAUGUAGCAUUCUUCACCAUUGUAUAUACGCAUGCGCGCGGUGGUUACGCUUCAUGAAUGAGAUGGUGUCCGUAGCGCAGAUCAGCUACGGAGGUGGUGAAGUGUAUGAUGGAGAGUGGGAUGGAGAGGGUCGCAGACACGGUAGGGGCCGCCUCGUCUUCUCUGACGGCUCCAAGUAUAAGGGCCAGUUCAAAGCUGGUUUCUUUCACGUGAGGGUGGCGGAGUAUUGAAGAGUAUAUGAUCAGAGGUCCGCAGGGACUAGGGCGACUGGAGCUGGCUGGAGGGGCGAGGUAUGAGGGAGAGUUCCAACUGGGAAAGUUCCAAGGUCACGGAGUUUACUACUCCAUUGGGGGAAAGUAUGAGGGGCAGUUUGUUGAUGGACAGGCAAAGGGAAAGGGUCUGGUCACCCUCCCAGAUGGGUCCCAUGGCAACCCACGUCAGGAGGGUAUAUUUCAGGGAGAGAGGUGUACAGAGAGGCGGGAUGUGAAGGAAGACAUUCGUAGAGCAGUGCAGGCCGCUGCUCAGGCGCGUUCUCUGAUUGAGCAAUACAAUCUCUGACCAUUUUUACCGUGGUGUGUGUGUUGUGUCGUCAUGUUGAUUCAUUGAAAGGGAAAUGUCCAGGAUUUCUCUCUUGGCUUUUCUGUAUGGCC